AUGUAUGCCUUUGUGCUUGCGAUAUGCCUCGGUGAGGUGGAUGGGCCUUUUGAGGCUGCAUUGAUCAUGGUCAUCUCCGGCCGCCCUUGUGAAAGGUGCAUUCACACCGCUUGCCGUUGGCCUUAUUGGGCCCCUGUCCCAUCUGUAUUAACUCAACUUCGCUGCUUGGCUUGCUGCAGGGAGCACAACUUCCAAUAUUCAUUUAUUAGUGGCCCCCGCUGGGUAUGCAGUGCAGAUAUGCCAAUCUGCCAGCCUUGCUACAAUAGUCAGAUUGGGAGCCUUCACAUUGAUUGCUGGCCCGAUUCUCUCGGGAUAUAG